UUGGCUGACUCGCGUUCCACACAAAACAAGCUUUACGGGGAUCUCGCUUCAUUAGAGGAUGACAUAUGGGUCCUGAAGAAAAAAUAUAGAGCUGUAGCCGAAGCUUGGGUGAAAACCACUGGCUUGAAAGUCCCAUCAUUUCGUACAGCGAUAGAAGAAGAGGAAGAGGGACCCGACUCCCGUUUACAAGACCAAAAGCGAUACCGACAAUCGUUGCGCGCAAAAGAGCAAGCGCAACUCCCCAACCCGGACGCCGAGCCCGCAGAGCCGAUCAAACCCAACUGGGGUGAAUUCAACCCUGCAGAGUUCACCAGCUCGCAAGAAGAGGCAUUGCAAGAAGAGACGCAAAAACGCGAGCUAUCUCCGGUUCGACAAAAUAAACCUCGUCAAAUCAUGCGUCGAGACUCUGAAUCCGAACGCGCUUUGCUGAAGCUCAGUGGAAAGAAUAUGAGCCAA